ACCCUCUCGUCUUCUAUAUUAUCUGAAAAGAAAAAGUGACCUCUGUAAACACUCGAAAACACUUUGAUCUUUCUUAAAAUCAGACAGUUAAAAAGAUUUGGAUCGAUGAAGGUGCACGAGACAAGAUCUCACGCUCACAUGUCUGGCGACGAGCAGAAGAAGGGAAACUUGAGGAAGCACAAAGCAGAAGGGAAACUUCCAGAAGCAGAACAGUCUCCAAAGAAGGCAAAGUCAGAAAAGGAUUCCGUCAACGGCACCGGAGAUGAGUAUAAGGAGUUUUGCAAAGCGGUGGAAGAGAAUCUGUCCGUUGAUCAGAUUAAAGAAGUUCUUGAAACCAACGGUCAGGAUUGUUCUGCUCCGGAAGAGACCUUGCUAGCGCAAUGCCAAGAUUUGCUGUUCUAUGGGGCUUUAGAUAAAUGUCCUUUAUGCGGAGGUAAUCUCAUAUGCGACAAUGAGAAGAAGAGAUUCGUAUGUGGAGGUGAGAUUAGUGAGUGGUGUAGUUGCGUGUUCAGCACGAAAAGUCCCCCUAGGAAAGAGGAGCCAAUUAAACUUCCUGAUUCGGUCAUGAACUCUGCUAUUUCUGAUUUACUCAAGAAACACCAGGACCCGAAGACUAGACCUAAAAGGGAGUUAAGUUCUGAUAAACCAUUCACGGGGAUGAUGAUCUCCCUCAUGGGACGUCUCACGAGAACACAUCAAUAUUGGAAGAAUAAGAUAGAGAAACACGGUGGGAAAGUCUCAAACUCUGUUAAAGGGGUGACAUGUCUGGUGGUUUCACCGGCUGAAAGAGAACGAGGUGGUUCUUCAAAACUGGUGGAAGCAAUGGAGCAAGGUCUACCGGUUGUGAGUGAAGCUUGGCUGAUCGAUAGCAUUGAAAAACAAGAAGCUCAGCCACUAGAAGCUUAUGACGUGGUCAGUGAUCUCUCAGUGGAAGGGAAAGGAAUCCCAUGGGACAAGCAAGAUCCAAGCGAGGAAGCAAUUGAAUCCUUAUCAGCUGAGCUAAAAAUGUUUGGGAAGAGAGGAGUCUACAAGGACACAAAGCUCGAGGAGAGUGGUGGAAAGAUCUUUGAAAAGGACGGGCUCUUAUAUAACUGUGCGUUCUCACUAUGCGACUUAGGGAAAGGGCGUAAUGAGUAUUGUAUCAUGCAGCUAGUGACGGUGCCUGAAAGCAACUUGAACAUGUACUUCAAGAGAGGAAAAGUAGGAGACGACCCUAAUGCGGAAGAGCGGCUUGAGGAGUGGGAGGAUGAAGAAGAGGCCAUCAAAGAGUUUGCAAGGUUAUUUGAGGAGAUAACAGGGAAUGAGUUCGAGCCAUGGGAACGUGAGAAGAAAAUUCAGAAGAAACCUCAUAAGUUUUUUCCCAUUGAUAUGGAUGAUGGAAUCGAUGUGAGAAGUGGAGCACUUGGACUAAGGCAACUCGGCGUUGCUUCAGCUCAUUGCAAGCUUGAAUCGUUUGUUGCAAACUUUCUUAAAGUUCUCUGUGGUCAAGAGAUCUACAAAUAUGCAUUGAUGGAGCUUGGUUUAGAUCCGCCUGAUCUUCCUAUGGGAAUGCUAACUGAUAUCCACUUGAAACGAUGCGAGGAGGUGUUACUUGAGUUUGUUGAGAAGCUGAAGACAACAAAGGAGACUGGUCAGAAAGCUGAAGCAAUAUGGGCAGAUUUUAGCUCACGGUGGUUCUCUUUGAUGCACAGCACAAGGCCGAUGCGCUUGCAUGACUUCAAUGAACUCGCAGAUCAUGCUGCGUCUGCUUUUGAGACAGUGAGGGAUAUAAACACAGCCUCACAUUUGGUAGGGGACAUGCGAGGAGACACACUUGACGACCCACUGUCUGAUCGGUACAACAAACUUGGCUGCAAAAUCUCUGUGGUUGACAAAGAGUCGGAAGAUUAUAAAAUGAUUGUGAAGUAUCUGGAGACUACUUAUGAGCCGGUGAAAGUCUCUGACGUUGCGUAUACUGCGACAGUGGUGAAUGUAUUCGCAGUUGAAUCAAAAGCAAUUCCUUCUUUAGAUGAGAUCAAGAAGCUACCAAACAAGGUUCUUUUAUGGUGUGGGUCUAGGAGCUCAAAUCUAUUGCGACACAUCUACAAAGGGUUCUUACCUGCCGUUUGCUCUCUUCCAGUCCCUGGUUACAUGUUUGGGAGGGCGAUAGUAUGCUCAGAUGCAGCUGCAGAAGCAGCAAGGUACGGUUUCACAGCUGUGGAUAGACCAGAAGGGUUUCUUGUGUUGGCAGUGGCAUCACUUGGUGAAGACGUUAAGGAGUUCACAAGCCCACCAGAGGACACAAAGACAUUGGAAGAAAAGAAGGUUGGAGUGAAAGGGUUAGGAAGGAAGAAGACUGAAGAAUCAGAGCAUUUCAUGUGGAGAGAUGACAUCAAAGUUCCUUGUGGAAAACUAGUCCCAUCGGAACAUAAGGACAGUCCUCUUGAGUACAACGAGUACGCAGUAUAUGAUCCAAAACAGACGAGUAUAAGAUUCUUGGUGGAAGUGAAGUACGAGGAGAAGGGAACCGAGAUAGUUGAUGUGGAACCAGAGUAGAUUCAGAUAUGGGCCGAGACGGUUUUUGGUGGCGAGAAGAAUCCAUGGGCGACGGUUUUUGGUGUUUCAUGUGUUUGUAUAUUAGGUUUAUCAAUGGCGAAUGUAUUAGAAGUAGUUUUCUUUCUUGGGUUGUAAGGAAAAUGUUGACCUAUAUGCAACUGCUAUGCUGUGUGAAGCUUUUUGCCAUGUAUAUAACAUUUACACAGUUACUGUAUGUUCCUGGCUCAUGACUUCACAACUUUGA